UGCUAUUAAAAAGAAAAAAAAGCGUCGUACUUUUUGUCAACACAAGUAAAAAUUGAAGUAUCUAUUUCCUAUAAAUUAUUGAAUUAUCUAAUAUCGGUAAUAUGGCAACCGUCAAUCAUUUUUUGCCUUCGUCUCAGGAAUUUUAUAAUGAAUUACAAGAAAGAGCGGAUUUGGCUGAGAGCAGGAGACAUAAAAGGUUUCUUGCAGUUUUAUUACUGCAGCGAAUGACACGAGGUUACUUGAUUAGAAAGCAUAUCGCUUGGUUGGCAGAGAACGCUACAACGAUACAAUGUGCAUUAAGAAAACACAGGGCACGUAAAGCAUACCGUGCGGCCUUGAGAAGGGCGGUGCGAUAUAAACACGCAAAACAUUAUGACAAAGCAGCAAGGAGCAUACAGUCCCUUUGGCGUGGACACUAUUCGAGACGGACAAAGUUUUGUUAUCGAUCUUAUAGAAAAUGGCUUGCAAUAGUUACGGAACGAGGCGAGCGUCGUGCGGCAGAAGCUGCAGAAUUUGGUGUUAGAAGCAGGGCAGAUGAUUUGAAAAUCUUAGAGGAAGAAGCACAGCAAUGGCUAGCUUUCGUUGUGUUUAAAUUACAUCAUUUACUUAGAACCUAUGUAUGUUCCGGGGUUUAUUCAGAAACUGCAAGCAAUGAGCUUUCAGAAUUCGAAAAAUUAUUAAAAUCUAUUCAUUACACUGAAUACAUGAAAAGAUUAAAACGGAAAUACAAUGAAUUUGUAAGAAAGCAUCGACCACGAUUUUCUAACAAAAGGCUUUUUCCUGUCAUUGGGGAUGGUUCAGAAUAUUGGUAUCUUUCGCUGCCUGAAAUGUAUGAAUUAACAAAACCAGUACCAAAAAAAGAAGACACCCGACACCUAGCUAUGCAUCAUGGUCCCCAGCACCAAAAGCCAUUUUUAUGGAAAAAAAUCAGGUCUGGUACAAUCAAUUCCAGCAGAGGACCAUUCACAAUGACAAGGAAACCAAGACCUUCUUCACCUCCUCCUCCAGCCCCUACUCCUAAUGGUGAUAGUAAACCGCAAAAAGAUCCUCGUUUUCAUCUAUACGUCAAACACUACACUCCCCAACCAGAUCUCAUAGACUAUGUAGACUACCACAUAAACGCCUUACUAACCAGAAAAUGUUCAAUACAAAAUAUAGACGAAGAGUCAUAUAAACGUAUGUAAUUUUUUGCAUUGAUUAAAUUGUUGCUAUGUGUGUUUUAAAGUUCUUCGUUCAAAGCAUGUUGGUUUUUUCUUUCCUUGUUCGGAAAUCCGUAAUCAGGCUGCUGAGUUUGGAAGGGUCGUCCGGAUGUUGAGAGCCGCGAGCCUUUUGUGUUACGCUUUUGUUGUUCUGAAUUUUACACUUGUAAUUUAUUUGAGGAAACACCUCGGUGAGAAAGAAAUUACAUUAAGCUCACCAAGGCAAAUGUGUUUUGUAAAUUACCUUUAGGCUAAAGAAUUUUUUAUUAUUCGAGAAGUCUUCUAAUUAUUUGAAAUUUAUUUUUUGGAUAUUUUAAACGUUUUAUCACAUCAUUUACUUUUAGGGUGAUUCUGAAUAAUAUUUAGCAUUACAAUGUUUAAAACAACAUUUAAUUUAUGCAUCCAUGGGACUAAAGCUUUUCUUUAUUUUAUAUAUUUUGUCUGAGACAUAACGUUUCUCAUUUAUUAUCUUACAAAUGAGCUGUCGUAAUAAGCAUCUUCUAAAUAAUACAUUCAACACCACACGUCUUAAAACUCAUUUGUCUAACAAUGCCUGUUUGACUAGGCAAAUUUAUUAGGGUCAGAAUAAUUCAGCUUGUGGGUUUCUGAACCGACUCCUUAUUGCAUAGCCGUCUUGAGGGGUAACCAUUUGUUAGAUGUAUAAUGGUUGACCCACUUAUGUUUCA